GAUGGGCGGUUUGUGCUGGGUUUCUGGGUGUCGCCCAGCGGACAGCCCACACUAUCUGUCUGGCGGACUGCGGAUGGAGUUCGGGUCGCGGAGCAUGCCCUCGCGAACAUCUCGGCUCAGGGGCUCUGCGUGGAUUACCACCGAGAAACACAGCACUUGCUUGUUCUCUACGGAAACUCCGCUCUGUCUGCAUGUGUGGCCUACUGGGACGCUGAUGUCCUAAGUCCGCGGCCCUUGGCGCAGGGCUCCUUAGGGCCUUCGAGCUCGCCAUUGGCAGUCCGACUUCUUGACGACGCUCGCCACUUCGCGGUUGCAGAGGUAGACACAGUGGCAUUCUGGACUUAUGCGGGGCCCGCAGGCAGCACUCGCCAGGUGUUGCGGGUGGACUUGACGAAGCCGCUUCAAGCCUUCGAGUUGGAAGGCCGCCUGGCAUACCUACUGACGGAGGGCCGGCUCCAGGUCAUGAAUUUCGAGGGCCAGCGGGAGCAGGUAGUGCAAGCACCUACUGCCAAGACCACCUGCAUGGAUGCGAAGGCAAGCACCGU